UCCGAAUAAGAAUUGUCAGGUGUCAGCAAUGCAGAGCCCGCCGCUAAAUUAAGUCGCUCAAACUCUGAGCCGGUUACCGUUUUAAGGGCAUUACUUAUUAUUAUUAAGGCUUAGACUAGAAUAGCUUAUGUAUGUAGUCUGACUCAUCAAGGAAUACAUACAUACCAAGGGAUCCAUGGAUCUCUCAUACGUACAUAGCUAGCAAAUCCGUACCAUAUUGGGCGAAGAGGGAAUCGUUAUAUUUGGCCCUAUAGAACCAGAUAUCGACCCAACAUGGACCCCGACGCCUCGACGACGGGUUCGCGUGCGUCGCGAAGGCCACCAAUAAUCGUGCGGCAAAUCUCGGCACACCAGACCUACGCCCUACGACACGACGUGCUCUGGCCUGACAAACCCACGGCUUACGUGCAGCUGCCCGACGACGAGGCCGGUCAGCAUUUCGGCGCGUUCAUCAGCGGCUGCGACUGCGGCUGCGAAUCUGCGUGCAAUCACACUGGCGAUCACAAUCACAAUACCUGCUGCGACGGUAACGAUAACACCGCAGUCCCUGCCCAGGACAACGCCAGCAGCGCAAAGGACAAUGGCAGUCACAGCGGACGGGCAGCAGACGAACCUAUUAGCGUGAUCUCCCUCUUCCUCAACACAGACACAAACCCAAACCCAGCCACGGCAGAAACAGCACAAACACCAGAACCAGGGAAAAUAGCCCGGUUCCGCAAAUUCGCCACUGCGCGGGUAUGGCAGAGCAGAGGCGUGGGGUCGCUGCUGCUCGCCCACGCGAUCGAGGUUGCGGCGGCGAGGGGCGCCACGAGGAUCUGGUGCGAUGCCCGCGCGAGCGCGUUGCCGUUUUACAGACGCUUUGGGAUGCGCGGUGAGGGGGAUGUGUUUUGGAAAGGUGAGGUGGCUUAUUUGAGGAUGGGGAGGGAGUUGGUUUGAUGAGUGGAUGAAUGGAUUGGUGAGCGAGAAGGGAGGCCGCCGAGGUUGGGAAUGGAUGGAUGGAUGGAUGGAUGGGUGUUUUGCUUUGUUUGGUUUGGUUUGGCUUGGUGAGUGUGCUGUGUGUGCUGUGGUGUACAGUUGUUCGGGCUCGGUCUGGGGGCGUUGAGCGGCCUAAUUAAAAGAACGGAAGGGUCUGGGUGAACGAAUGCAUUCGCAUGGUCCGUGUGUUCGUCUAGGUGCGUUAUUAGGAUUAGGGCUUUAGGGGCGUGGGUUUAGAGAUUCGGGACUCCGCAACUUUUGGACAUUUCGGGGCGAAGGAGAGAGAGAAGAGAGAGAGACAGGAAAGGAAAGGAGUGGAAUUAGACGCGCUUUGCUCCCAGGACUCACGAGACUCGUUGUUAAGACCAAUGAUCCGGGCCUGUCCGCUUAGAGAGCCGAUGAUUGGGAAUAAGUCAGUGGAAGAUCCCGCCGCGGACAGCGCGUAUAUGUCCUGUCGUUCAAAACAGGCGAUCCCCCGCGUUUCCCGUCGGGGCGCGGGCGGCAGACGGAACAAACCUUGACGAUGCAAUCAUCUGCACGAUAGGUACUUUUGAUCCCUUCCUUGAUUAAUUAAUUAGUUAAUCAAAUCAAUUAAUCCAUUAAAUCCAUUAUAUC